UGGGGCGGUGUUAACUUCAAACCACCGGUCUCCUUCACGUCUCCUUGAUCGCCGGCCAGAUCAUUCUCCCCCAGUCUCGUUCCCUAUAAAACUCCCCCGUCUCUUCCCGCCUUCAAUCACCAGAUAAUCUCAGCUACCCAUACCUUUGAAGAAAAGAUUUUCCUCGAGAUAAGAGAACAACCAAAAUGUCUGAUCACGGCCAUCACGGCGGCAGUGGGCACGGCCCCGGCGGUGGACAUGGCCACGGUGAAGGCCAUGGAGGCCCAGGUGGUGGUCAUGGUGGAGGUCACGGUGGUCCAGGCGGCGGACACGGACAUGACCAUGGUGGUGGUCAUGGCCCCGGUGGAGGCCAUGGAGGCCACGGCGGUGGUCAUGAUGGAGGCCAUGGGGGAGGCCAUGGUGGAGGCCAUGGAGGCCACGGUGGUGGUCAUGAUGGAGGCCACGGGGGAGGCCACGGUGGAGGCCAUGGAGGUCCAGGCGGUGGACAUGGACAUGACCAUGGAGGAGGCCACGGCGGCAAGCCCGGAGGAGAUCACGGCCAUGGAGGACCAGGAGGGCAUGGCCCCGGUGGCCAAGGUGGUGGCCGACACUAGUUCGCCACCGCUUGGCAGUUGUUGUGGACUAGCGUCACAUGAUUGCUGUAUGAUGUAAAGUAUCUCCGGUGCAUUUUAACCGUCUUUUAUUUGAGAAAAGCCCAGAAAAUAAUAAGCACCGUUGAGUCAUGCAGUUGAGCUUGCAAGCAUGCUAAUGAAUUUCAAGUUCCUAACUUGAUCAA